AUGCCAAGGUUAUCGACUCGCGAGUUACCCGAGCACUCGAACUCCCUUCCCCUUCCCGGCUUCGUCUCCCUUAGGACCCCUUACCGUCGAGACUUCUUCCCAGGUUACCUCAGUCAAGACUCCAGGCCCCGGACUCAUCAGAAGCACACUUUGUCGCUCUCGAGUAUUCCUUCUCGCGUGGUGAACUUCAACCCCUUCUCACUACAACCGACGAAAAGACACACAAUGUUCGCCGGCGCAGCUUCUCUCCUCCUCCUCCUGCCCCUGGCAGUCGCCACGCCACUAGGCGCUCGCCAGGCCGACUCUCCCGUCACAGUCACCGUUGACACCAACCCCGCCGGCCCCACCAACUCGGUCUACAACUGGGCCCGGGGCUGGGAGGACGAGUUCCCCAUCCACCCGUCCUGCAACGCCACCAACCGCGCCCAGAUCGCCGCCGGUCUGCGCGAGACCGUUCAGCUCGCCGCUCAUGCCCGCGAUCACCUCCUCCGCUGGGGCAGCGAGUCUGAGAUUGCUCGCAGGUACUUCGGCAACGCCUCCGUUGCCGGUCCUAUCGGCUGGUACAGCCGUGUCGUGUCGGGCAACAAGGUCGGGAUGCUCUUCCGAUGCGAUGAUCCGGACCGGAACUGCGCCACGCAGGAAGCCCAAGUUCUAACGCUCAAAUCUCCAGGCUGGGCCGGCCACUGGCGCGGCGACAACGCAACCCAAGAAACCGUCAUCUGCGACCUCUCCUACGAGCGCCGCCUCCCCCUCGCCGCCGUCUGCAGCCGCGGCUACACCGUCGCCGAGUCGCCCCUGAACACCUACUGGGCCACCGACCUGCUGCACCGCGUCUUCCACGUGCCGCUCAUCAGCGACCUCCGUCUCGAGCACUACGCCGAGGACUACGCCGACGCGCUCCGCAUCGCCGCCACCGACCCGGAUCUCGCCGUCCUCGACAGCGACGCGCUGCAGUACUUCGCCAUCGACGCCUGGGCCUACGAUAUUGCCGUCCCCGGUAUCGGAUGCUCCGGCGAGGUUCCGCAGGUGUCUCCCACUUCCCCCCCAGCGGCCCCUGAGCCGACUAGUACCCAGACGGCUGAUGCGUCGUGCCAUACUCAUGACGAUGGGUUCGUGCACUGCUGA